UUGGGGGAAAUGCCCAACAAUUAUUAACUCGUCCAGCAGAACACGGCUCUUUACUCUGCCUUCAGAUCGUGCUUUCAUUUCUGCAAAAUGUGUCUCAAGACUCUUGGAUUUGUCCUCGUUUUGUUUCCUGGAUUGCUUCAAGCACAGGGUUGUGAUCCUCCCAGACUGGUUCAUGGUAACUUUCUCCCCAGACAAGAGACUUACUCUGACAGAACCACGAUCACUUAUUCCUGUGAUAACGGAUAUAAACCUGUAGUGGAGGGUUGGUGGGCAACCAGUACCUGUGAACGUGGGAAAUGGUCUCAUGAACCGCAAUGUAUAGAUGAAAGCAGCUGCCUUCCACCAACUAUUCCCAAUGGAAAGUACCCUGAAAACUCAAACGGCUGGUAUGAGGCUGGAAGUAUACUAACGAUAACAUGCAAUGGAGGAUUUGAGCACCAAAACCAGAUCACCACCACUACCUGUGGAAAUGGAAAAUGGUCCUCUGCACCAGUCUGUGAGAGAAGUAUGAGUGCAUGCAGUGCACCUCCUAAAAUCCCCCAUGCAGUCAUCAUUCAUGGAUACCAGGAGGUGUUUGCUGCAGGUUCAGAAGUGCAGUAUGAGUGUGAAGACGGAUACACUGCAGAGGGAGCACACAACAAAAAAUCUGUUUGUACACAAGGAAGCUGGACAGCAGUGCCAACAUGCACUAACUUCUGUGCUGUCAACACCGAUGACAAUCCUGAAUACAUAUCUGUGGGAACUGUGUACAUAGAAAAUGGUGAGGAAAAGAGAGUGGAGUGUGUGAAACCACACAGCUGGUCAUUGGAACAAUAUUCUAAGGUUCGGUGUAUCAAUGGAAGAGUGGAGGCAACUAAAUGUCGUAACAAGGUGGAGCAUGCAGCGGCAAGUGUAUUCGACUCUGACUAAACCUGUAGCUGAGGAUUUGCUCACCACUUUGGAGCUUUUAAAGGAGACACCUGAUAUUUGAUCGCAUCGUCACAUCCUGUGUUAGCUUCUCAUUUUCAUCUUCAAACAUUUAAGAGAAAAUGGUUUGUGUGCUCUUAUUUGACCCACAAACACCACCAAACUGAAUAAAGUCUCAGAUUUUACCAUCAAAACUG